CUUCUCCUCUGCCACAGUAGACGGUGGGCAGAGAGACUUGCCGAACGCGAGUAACGAGGUCACUGGAACCAUACCUACCCACUCGCCUACUUGCCUGCUUUAACUACACUACCUUCUCCAUCACACCUACCUACCUGCCCUGCCUUACCUACUCGAGUACCCACCCUACCCACCCGCUCCUCUGCCCAACCAUUACCGCCUACCGUACCUGCCUAUUAUUCACCCUAUUUCCAUUCCCUCCAUCCCACCACUUCCUCCACCUUCACCACCUGCUCUUACCCCCCCCCGCCGGAUCCGUGUAUGCAUCGUCGUCAUCAUACCCAAACGACAGCUACGAACCUUAAUUUAUUCCAUUCGACCGCCUAUCCCCGCACCAAUUGAAGGCAAAUGGUCUACGUUCCCUGGCGCCUCAGCAGUCUAGAGGCUUGCCACGUUUCAGAGGAGGAAUGGGCAGGCCUACGCUCGACAGUUAUAGAAGCCCUGAACACUAGCACAAUUGGCCUCGAAGGCCCCUCAGUGCACGGGACCGCGUGGGACGAUUGGUUUGAAGAACUUGCCGAGAGAGUCGCGAGGGAGUACUGGCCCAAGACUGAUCGUGUGGCUGUUCGCAGGAUCUUCAGACCGCAGGUUAUUGAGAUGGCCGGGGUUGAACGUGGGAAGCGGCGUGCUCAGAGGGCUGGUGGGAGCGAGGAUACGGAUGGCGGGGCGGGAAGCAGCCGCGCGAGGCCGAAGAGGGAGGACGAAGAGGACGAGGAAAUGGGGAAUGCUCCAAAUGUGUCGACUAGCACCGCGACCGUUCCUAGGGCGGCCACUCUUCCCUCGACCCCUCGCGAAAGCGCAAACGUCAUACCCUCUCCCUCUUCCGCACCGAAUCCCCGUACGGAGGAGGUGGAGGACACAUCCAGCGCCGCGACCAAUACUUUGACACCGUUGGAGGCGCCACGUCGGGGUCCUGGGCGGCCAAAGAAGCCGCCCGUCAACCCACCAACGGAACCGUCGGAUACCCCCACCAUUGUGAGGAAACACCCACCGCAAAACCCCCACGAGGAGGUCAAUCCUACGCCACCGAAACGCCCACGCACCUCACGUGCUCAUCCCCCUCCUCCCUGGAUCGCCCCCCGCCCGUUGGAGGCCCCUUCUGCGCCCUCCGCUACGCUUGGCCUGAUUCUGGAAACCCGCAUUCCGCCGUCGGAAAAGAUGAAGAUCAUCUAUGCCUCGGAUACACCUACCCUUGCACUUUUUCUUGAAAAGGUCCGCAAGAAAUUUCACCUUGCAUCCGAGGCUCAAAUACACGGCGUGGAGGUUGAGAUAGUUGGGGGCAAGACUUAUGUUGUGGACCUUGAGGAUGGGAGGGAUUGGCUGGCUGUACAGGAGAUAGCCCGAACGGCUGGAACCAGUGCCGUUGGGGUUGUCGUCGAGGUCCAAUCUCAUUGAAUCCUUCUCUAACGAAUGCUUUACUUUUUAAUGCUUUUUCCUUCAUCUCUUUAGUUUAUAUGUACAUAACCUAGAUAAUGUGCUGGCAGGCUCGCUAAUUCGAGUGAUGGCUUGUGAGGGCCACUGGGGCUGUGGUUGGCGGUAUGAUAGUUUUGACGAGAAGAACAUGCUUUGAGCCAAGGGAAUGCGGGAAGCUAUGAUGCAAUGAGCGUAGUGCAUUAGCCCCCAUGCACCAGAGCCAGGAACUCGAGAUAGGUUGGUCAAUACUCGAGUACAUACGGUUAUGCACGCUCAGUAACAAAAUAAACUCUCCGAA